AUGGCGGCUUUCGCACAGGCAACCCGUGGCAAUCCGCUUUGUUGGAGCGGGUGGUUCUCCUACGAGAGAUGCUGCAGCCAUGAAGGACUGGGAAAUCCCUCCUGCUGGACGCCGGACUUCACAUACGAUCUUUGCUGCCAGCCAACGCGAUAUAUGUCCGGAACAUCGGAGACCUGUGCAAAUCGCUAUGAAGGCUUUUUGAGGAACUAUGGGGACCACUCUGGAGGUCAGAGCACCAUCAUUAGAGACGGCCAUCUGCCCGGCGAGCUGUUGCAGAAACACGCAGAGGAGAUUGAUUUGGACAUUACGCGGGGCUACCAAGGCCAAGGUACCGGGGAGUUCUGGUUUGAGCUCUUCAGGGCAGCCAGCCUGAAGCAGAUCGCCUGCUGGCAACUGGGCGGCCGCUCCUGGGAGGCUGAGUUUGAGACGAGCUCCUGGGAAGCGACUUUGAAGAUUUGCAGGACUGGACUGACUGCUUUGCCACAGAAUUUUCGAGUGUCCAUGUGUGCCCCCAAGCAGUGCGAGCUGGAGGAUAUCUGUGGCAUUGUGCUACCGCGGUACUUCCAGUGGGACAUUUGCCCUGAGACCUAUUUCCCCCCACUUCCGGUUUCUCAGGUGCAGUUGUACGAACUGUCCUCCUGGAGUUCUCUGCAUCUGGACUUUGGGAUCAUUGGCAUGAACACCUGCGGCACGACUUCCCUGCAGAGGAAUUUGGCCCUGCACCCAGAGAUUUCCUUCACCUCGGAGGGCGAGGACGACUUCUUCGUGCCCGGGGGAUAUCCCAUGAGGUUCUCCGGCAGCAUCCGAGUCCUUCCGAGGGCCAAAAGCGCGAGCAGCGCCAAUGAGGCAUGGAGCAUGCGCCGGAAAGAGCUGCUGGGGGUCAACAACCCCAACCUCUUCUACACCCAGGAAGGUCUUCAAGCCAUCGCCAGGAUCCCGAAGAUCCGCCUGGUGCUGAUUCUGUGCGACCCAGUGAGCAGGGCGGAGAAGUUGCACUACUUGCACUGCCGCCGGAGUGGCUGGGGCACCAGCCGCUGCCAGGAAGAACUGGCCAAAGCGGUCUCAGGAAAGCUGCCCUACAGCUGGAGGGUGUAUGAUCAUUUGCUCGACCUCAGCAGACUUAUCCGGCUUCAAAGCUUGACGGUGUUUGUGAUACAUCAGGAGUUUCUGCGCGAUCACGAGUUUGAGGUGUAUGACUCGAUCGCAAACUACCUGGGUGUCAAGGCUCCAUUUCCAGACAGCACUCAGUUCGGAAGAUACAACUCGAUUAGAGGGCAGCGGACUGGUCUCUGCAGCAACGUGUCUUUGCUGCGCAGGAUGAAGAAGCGGAUGGCUCCGGACUAUGCUGCAAUCGAGCGCAUGGUGGAAGCAAUGUACGGCCGAAUCCCACCAGCUGUGCGACUGCGCCGAACGAGAUGCGACGAUGCGUCAAGUCUGAGCGCCACAUCCUGUCCCAACAAGACAAUGUGCCAAUGA